AUGGCCGCCAAAGUGUUUGAGUCCAUCGGCGAGUUUGGCCUGGCCUUAGUUGUUGUAGGAGGCAUGUUGAACUCUGCCUUACAUAAUGUGAAUACUGGUCACAUAGCCGUCAUCUUUGACCGAUUCUGUGGAGUACAGGACAUUGUGGUAGGGGAAGGGACUCACUUUCUUAUCCCAUGGGUACAGAAACCAAUUACCUUUGACUGCUGUUCUAGACCACCUAACGUGCCAGUCAUCACUGGUAGCAAAGACUUACAGAAUGUCAGCAUCACACUGCGCAUCCUCUUCCGGCCUGUCGCUAGCCAGCUUCCUUGCAUCUUCACCAGCAUCAGAGAGGACUAUGAUGAACGUGUGCUGCCAUCCAUUGUUACCAAGAUCUUCAAGUCAGUGGUGUCUCGCUUUGAUGCUGGAGAACUAAUCACCCACAGAGAGCUGCUCUCCAGGCAGGUGAGUGACAAGUUUACGGAGCCAGCAGCCACCUUUGGGCUCAUCCUGGACGAUGUGUCCUUGACACAUCCGAUCUUCCAGAAGGACUUCACAGAAGCAGCCACAGCCUUGAUGAUUCUUAACACCACCUUCCUUCUGCCCCUAUCCCAGAAAUCACUGUGA